CAUGCAUUAAGGCCAAGACGAAGACAAAGCCAUAGACUUGGUCUAGAGCUUUCUUCAAGAUAGGCUCCUACUGUAAUGAUAAUCUGAACAACUUGUGUGAGUCCUUCAACAAGACCAUCAGGGAGCCUAGGAAGAAACCUCUGCUAGACAUGUUAGAGGAGAUUAGGCGCCAAUGUAUGACUAGGAACUACAAUAGGUCUAAGAUGGCUAAGGACAGGAAGACUAGGUUCACCCCAAAGACACAUAAAGAGUUAGACAGGGUUGAGAAGAAGUCAAAAGAAUGUAGUCUGCGUUGGGCAAUUGGGCCAGAGACUGAGGUGGAAGAUAGAGACCAGUCUUACGUGGUGAAUUUGGAGAAUGAGACUUGUGCAUGUCGAAGCUGGCAAAUGAAUGGUAUUCCAUGCAUCCAUGCUGCUAAGGUCAUCCUUGGCGUGGGUAGAAAACUCUCUGAAUUUGUUGCUCCUUUCUACACAACCUCUAAGUGGCGUGAAACCUACAGUUUUGGGAUCAGACCUGUAAAUGGGAUGAUAGAGUGGCCUCGGACCAAUAGAUUAGGUGUGAUUCCACCACCUAAUCGAAAUGGCAAGCCUGGUAGGCCUAAAAACCAUGAUCGAAAGAAGGGAACCAAUGAGACAGUGUCUACUACCAAGCUGAGUCGUGCGAACAGGGUAAUGACUUGCUCUAAUUGCAAAGAAGAAGGGCACUACAAGAAUACAUGUCGGAAGGCUUUUGUUGAGAGUCCACCUAAGAAACCAAGAGGCAGACCAAGGAAAUAUCAGGGACUACACUUUGGCGAGUCACAAGCUCAAUCCUCAGAAGCUCAAACCUCACAAAAUCAAUCCUCACAAGCUCAAGCAUCAGCAUGGGAAGUUCCUCAAUCUUCAGAAGGUCAAUCCUCACAAGCUCAAUCAUCACGAUGGGAAGUUCCUCAAUCCUCACAAGCUGAAGCAUCACAGACAGCAGCGUGGGGAAGAUGGUUUUUUAGAUGCUUGUGUGUUGUUUAUGAUGGUCUCUGUCUGAAUGCUUUCGUUGUGUGUUGUUUAUGAUAGUGUCUCUGUCUGAAUGCUUUUGGAACUAGAACUACCUUUUUCUUUCUUUUCUUCCUGCUGUUUUAAUUUGAAACUGUCGGUUAUUAUCUUUGUGUUUUCAUCAUGAUGGUCUGUUCAUUGGUGUGUUCAUUUGUCCUUCUAUAAACAAUCAAGAAGUAAAACAUAAAUAUUAUUGAAACAUUGUCUUAAAACAUAGCCUUACAUGAACCAUGAGUCUUACAUAAA